AUUUUUUCUUGUUUUCAACCUUUACAAUAAACUUUAUGUGAAAGGUACACACAAAAUGUGACCCCAAAACAAACAAAACAAAAUCAUUAUUCUUUUCGAGCCUAUUAUCUUCAAAUUGGAAACAAAAGAUGACAUUUCACCACCACGCGCACUGCGCGGUGAUAUUGACACAUCUGUUGGUGUUUUUGUUGUUUUUUCAAACAAGACUGCAUACUCAACCUCAGGCAAAAUUACAAAAUAAUCAGCUGUUUCUUUGUGAGUUUGCUUACGUUUUAAACUGAGGAGCAGGUGUUAAUGGGGCUUACAGCCAUGUACCAUCUACCAUGGGAACAAUUGCGUCCGUGUUACAAUGGCAUUGCACUUUUUGCAGCCUGAUCAACCCUACAGAAAGGCAGAAAUGCAUUAGAUGUGGCAGGGCUAGGGUGCAGGCGCCCCCCAAAAAAUUGUCGCCCACUUUCAGCACCCUAGAAAACAGGAACUGUACAGUUAUCAAGAAGCUCAAGUCAGAUUUUAGGAGGGAAUCAAUUCAACUAACUUUGACUGGAGAUUCAUCAGAAACCAAAACACAACCAUCUGAUGAACGCCUGAAGAAAUGUCUAAGUUUACCAAGCUUACAAACCUUGAAGACCUGCGAAGUAUGUCACAUAUUCUAUAGCACCUCAACUGUCAGGUGCAUUCUGUGUGACAGAAAAAUGAAUCUCACUGAAUCUCCAUGCAAGAUAUGCUCUCUCACCCCUGUAGAAAACUACAGGAACUAUGAUAUUUUGAAUUGUGAUAGACCACCCAUUUGCAAAUGCCAGCGAAAUAAGUCAUUAUCUUUAAUCAAGAGCCUGAGUUGCUCAGUCGCUCAAAGUAGCGAACCAAGUAUAGAGGCCCAUAUUCCAAAAAAUAUUAGGACAACUGCCAGUGGUAUCAGCGAAAGUAGUAACUACAUGUGGGGUGUCAAGAAUGUAUUGCCUAAGGGGACUUGGACUUGCAAGCAGUGUACUCUGUUGAAUAGUGCAGGCUUUGCUGUAUGUGAAGCUUGUGAAAAUCCGUAUACGCCAGAUUUCAAUAGCAACGUUAAACCCAGUGUAUUUAUCAAGGUUGAUAAUUGGGCAGACAACGAAUCUUUGAAGACCUAUGGUCACAAACCGGUUUAUCGUAGGUCGUUAUCUGAGCUGCCAUCCGCACAAAAUCUUCACGUCGUCAACAUCAACCGGAGAAGUUUGGAAGGGCAGAGCCUUCCCAAGUCUAGCAGCUCUAUGACUGAUAUUCAAUCUUCACAUCAUUCCCUUCUAGAGAACUGUAGUCAAGGAUACUCUAGAGCUAUGUCGAGCGACGAAGCUACUGUGAAUAGCACCUUGUAUACUUAUAUAGGAAUCUCGGAGCCUAAUAAAGAUAAGCAUUUUUACGAAAAUCACAGUAUAAUUGCUGCACAAAAGAGGAACGAAUAUAAUGCCGAACAACAUGAUAGAAUUAUGCAAGUGCUGAAACAAAAUGGCCAACCUGCAAAGUCGUCAUGGUCAGUAAACGAACGUAGAUGGACCUGCCGACAUUGUUCGUUCGCCUACAACGGAUUCAGCGUAGACAAAUGUGAUAUCUGCAAGAGCUGGAGAUCGCCACCAUCGUUGAAUCAACCUUGUACGGUUACUGUGACGGAGGAUAGAAGUAUUAGCGGACCAUCACCAACGUCUAUAUGGAGUGAUGUUCAAGUUCCUAUUGCAACCUUAGAUCAGGACCUCGAUGAUGAUUUUCAGUUGCUCCAAGUAGGCGACAGUCCCGUUGACGAUCAGAAAUGGACCUGCAAAAAGUGCACCUUGGUGAACAGCGAUCGUUCAUUGGUCUGUGAGGCUUGCUACGGCUCCAAACUUCGUUCGGUGUCUGUCAGCCAUGACAUGACGCUGAAGAAGGGCGAGUUUUGGUCGUGCGCAAAAUGCACGUUGAAGAACUCGUUAACUGCAUCCUUCUGUAAGGCCUGCAAGACAGAGAAAGCGUGCUUGGAAGUACCGCGAACACCAUCGAGAAGUCCUUCGCCUAGGCAUGGCAGAUCUAGAAGAGAUACCAAAAGUAGUUCAACAAAAAUGAAGAAUGUGCCUAAUCCUAAAUUAGAAAGGAGUAGGGUUAAUAUUCACACGGAUAUUGACAGAAAUUCUCCAGUUUUAUAUUCGGGUUUAUUUCAACCGUGGACAUGUGCAAUAUGCACAUUUGAAAACACCAAAUCUUAUACAAUCUGUGAUAUGUGUCAACGCACGAGGGAAGAAGUCAACUCUUUGCAUCCCAAGGAACCUCCUAGGUUAUCUCAAGAGGAGUUAAGCAAUAAGCACUGGAAUUACAUAGUAAGAUACUGUAAACUGAAAAAAACAAAGUUAUCUUGA